AAUAUUGCCUUAUUUAGGAAAUAUGUCUACUUUACGAGCUUCUCUACCUUGAGUGGGCAUUCAAAUAUUGAUCCAAUUGCGAAUCCGAUUGUCUCGCUCUUCAAAAUAUCUUCUGGAAUAGAGUAUUCCAUGUGAGUCAAAAUAUAGACCAAAGCUACCUUGAGCUCGAGCAUGGCAAAUGUCUGUCCUGGACAAGCUCUGCAUCCAAAGGAGAAUGGAACAUUGCUGUAUGGUCUUCUUGCCUUUCCAUCAGAAGGUCUUACAAAGUACUUGUGCUCUGGGUCGAAUCUCUCAGGAAUGAAUUUCAGUGGCUCAAAAAAGAUCUUUAAUGAAGGUAGUUCCUUUUUUGAAUGGAACUCCAGCAAUCUCUACAUCCUCAUAAGCAUCAUAAUAGAGAGAUUGGUAAGUUGGACCAUCAAUACGGAGAGAUUCCUUAAUGACGU